UGUCCCUCUCCUCUCUCUCCAGCAGAACCGCCACAGCAGCAAUGCCAGCCACCAACCAAGGCUGGCCUGAGGACUUCGGCUUCCAGCUGGGCGGCUCUGGCCCCUGCUUCGUGAUUGAGGUGGCUGAAGGAAGCAGCGCGCACGCUGGGGGGUUGCGGCCGGGGGAUCAGAUCCUGGAAGUGGAGGGUCUGGCCGUGGGUGGCCUGAGCUGUGAGCAGCUUGUGCGCUUGGCUCGGCGCUGCCCUCGAGUGCCACCCAGCCUCGGUGUGCUCCCAGGCCCCGAGGGUGGCCCCACAGCCUUGACAGCAGCCUGGCUAAGCCCGCGAUUUGGCCGCAGCUUCCCUCUGGGCCGCGAACUGCUGCGUUUGGCUGGUGGUGCCAGACCAGAUGCUGUACACAGAGAGCGCAGGCGCAAGGCCCAGGAGUUCAGCUGCCAGGUAGAUGACAUCUUGGGGGAUCAGCCAACAGCCAAGGAGCAGGUGUUUGCUGCCCUGAAGCAGUUUGCUGCGGAGCAACGGGUCGAUGAGCUGGUGUGGACCCUCAUUCUCGUACUGCCCAGUGAGGCCCAGGGUCCGGUCCUGGACAACCUCAGGAUCUUCAUCCCCAAGAAGCACCGGGCGCGCUUUGACGAGGUGGUGUCUCAGGGUCUCCUGGGCAAGCUGUGCCGUGCUCGGAGGGCGCAGGGCGCGCAGCGUUUGCGCCGGAGCCGCAGCGAGGAGCGUCCGGAACGCCUCUUAGUGUCCACCCGCGCUAGCGCCGCGCCCCGCCGUCCCGAUGAGCCGCCCCCGCGGAAGGCGGCCUCGCUGCUGGGCGGUCGCACUGGCCCUGGGGGUCCUCGCAGGACUGUUCGUGUCUAUAAAGGCAACAAGAGUUUCGGCUUCACUCUGCGUGGCCAUGGACCGGUCUGGAUCGAAUCUGUCCUGCCUGGCAGCCCGGCUGAAAAUGCAUCCCUCAAGUCAGGUGACCGGAUCCUCUUCCUCAAUGGACUGGACAUGAGGAACUGCUCCCACGACAAGGUGGUGUCCAUGUUGCAGGGCAGUGGCGCUAUGCCCACGCUGGUGGUAGAGGAAGGACCGGUCCCUUUCGCCAGUGAUUCAGACUCUCUGGAUUCCCCGACCCGGGCGUCAGCUCUCACCUCACUGCAGUGGGUGGCGGACAUCCUGCCUUCCAGUAUCCGAGUCCAGGGGAGGACCUUCAGCCAGCAGCUGGACCACCUCCUCACUCCUCCCGAGCGCUAUGGAGUCUGCCGGGCUCUCGAGAGCUUCUUCCAGCACAGGAGCAUCGACACCCUCAUCGUGGACGUCUACCCUGUUCUGGACACCCCCGCCAAGCAGGUGCUCUGGCAGUUCUUGUACCAGCUGCUGACCUAUGAGGAGCAGGAGCUGUGUCAGGAGAAGAUUGCCUGCUUUCUUGGCUACACCGCCAUCACAGAACCUGAAUCCUCACUGGACCUGGAGCCAGAGUCCACACCGGAGCCCACACCGGAGCCACAACCACGGAGUUCCCUGAGGGCGUCUUCCAUGUGCCGUCGAAGUCUGCGCUCUCAGGGCCUGGAGGCCAGCCUCAGCUGUGGUCCUGGUGACUGCUCUGAGAUGCCCUUACCUCUGAUCCCGGGCGAGCGUCAGGCUGGCGAUGGCACAUCCCUCCCGGAAACCCCAAAUCCCAAAAUGAUGUCAGCAGUCUAUGCAGAGCUUGAAUCUCGACUGAACAGUGGCUUCAAAGGGAAGAUAGGGACCGUCUCCAAAUCCCGGGCCUCUCCACCAGUCCCCAGCCUGGUAGGCACAUCAGGGCCCAGGACCCUGUCUGGAGUCUCAUGGCCCGGUGACCGGCUCCUGCCUUCCCCCUGCUAUGAUCCGCUGUGCUCUGGGGGUCUGGCCUCUCCCAGCAGCUCGGAGUCCCACCCCUACGCCAGCCUGGACAGCAGCAGAGCGCCCUCCCCACAGCCAGGCCUUGGAUCCAUCCACCCCGACAGCCCCCCAAGCCCAGACCCCAUCCGGCCGCCCAGUCGCAGGAAGCUCUUUGCCUUCUCGCGCCCGGUGCGGAGCAGAGACACAGAUCGCUUCCUGGAUGUGCUGAGCGAGCAGCUGGGCCCCCGCGUCACCAUUGUGGAUGACUUCCUGACACCUGAGAAUGACUAUGAGGAGAUGAGCUUCCAUGAUGACCAGGGCAGCUUUGUGACCAAUGAGAGGAGCAGCGCUAGCGAGUGUGUCAGCAGCAGCGAGGAGGGCAGUUCUCUGACCUACUCCUCCAUCUCCGACCACAUCCCCCCACCCCCGCUCAGUCCCCCGCCGCCACCGCCCCUGCCUUUCCACGACCCCAAACCCAGCUCCCGAACCUCUGAUGGUCCCCGAGGUCCCCCUCAGUCAUUGACCAAACCCCUCACCCAGAUCAGCCAUCCAGUCCCACCCCCGCCCCCACCCCCUCUACCACCACCUGUGCCCUGUGCACCCCCCAUGAUAUCCCGAGGUGUGGGCCACCGCCGCAGCGAGACCAGCCACAUGAGCGUCAAGCGCUUACGCUGGGAACAGGUGGAGAACUCAGAAGGCACCAUCUGGGGUCAGCUUGGGGAAGACUCUGACUAUGACAAGCUGAGUGACAUGGUAAAAUACCUGGAUCUGGAGCUCCACUUCGGCACCCAAAAACCUCCAAAGCCAGUGCCUGGCCCCGAGCCCUUCAGGAAGAAGGAAGUAGUGGAGAUCUUGUCCCACAAGAAGGCCUACAAUACCUCUAUCCUCUUAGCGCACCUGAAGCUGACCCCUGGCGAGCUGCGGCAAGUGCUCAUGAGCAUGGAGCCGCGGCGCCUGGAGCCUGCUCAUCUGGCGCAGCUGCUGCUCUUCGCUCCGGACGCCGAUGAGGAACAGCGAUAUCAGGCUUUCCGAGAGGCUCCCGGUCGCCUCAGUGAGCCGGACCAGUUCGUCCUGCAGAUGCUGUCGGUUCCUGAAUACAAGACCCGCCUGCGCAGUCUACACUUCCAGGCUACCUUGCAGGAGAAGACAGAGGAGAUACGAGGCAGCCUCGAGUGCCUGCGACAGGCGUCUCUGGAGCUCAAAAACAGCCGGAAACUCGCCAAGAUCCUGGAGUUCGUGUUGGCCAUGGGUAACUAUCUCAACGAUGGACAGCCCAAGACCAACAAGACCACUGGCUUCAAGAUCAACUUCCUGACAGAGCUAAACUCCACCAAGACAGUGGAUGGGAAAUCCACCUUUCUGCACAUCCUUGCCAAAUCACUAAGCCAGCACUUCCCUGAGCUCCUGGGCUUUGCCCAGGACCUGCCCACUGUGCCCCUGGCUGCCAAAGUGAACCAGCGAGCCCUGACUGUCGAUCUGGCUGACCUCCAUGACACUGUCAGUGAGAUUCAGGUGGCCUGCCAGAGCAUGGUCCCCUCCAGCGAGGACAGGUUUGCUGUGGUCAUGACUUCCUUUCUGGAAACAGCGCAGCCAGCUCUGCGAGCGUUGGAUGGACUGCAGCGAGAGGCCAUGGAAGAGCUAGGGAAGGCACUGGCCUUCUUCGGAGAGGACUCCAAGGCCACUACCUCAGAGGCUUUCUUCGGCAUCUUUUCAGAAUUCAUGAGCAAAUUUGAGAGAGCCCUCAGUGACCUGCAGGCAGGGGAUGGCCCACGAAGCUCGGGGAUGGUUUCACCCCUGGCCUGGUGAGAGCUGCCACCAAGCAUCUUCUGCAGUCUGAGCACGGAGACCAAAGCUGGAGGCUGCACCCCAGAGGAACGUCACAGGGUCCAGGGUACUUGAUCAUGCAUCUUGGCCACAUGAAGGGCUGGGGUGCAGUGGGGGCUGCAGCCAUGUGUCUCCAGCUACCUCAGCUGCUGAGUUCCGCCUAGCCCUCCUUUGCCCAUCCUCCUUGGUUUUCCAGAAGGCCUCCCUGGCUUCCAGUGACCACUCACCCCUUUGCCCCAUUGGUGAAUAAAACGCUACUGUGUGUCAGGGAAUGUCCCACCGGAAGAUGGACUGCAAAGUGGGAUGCUGGCUUGCUGCGGUUGUCUGUGGCUCGGUGGGAGCACGGGACAGGAGAGAGGACAGAUUUCGAUACUGAGUGGGACUGGACAGGAAGAGAUGUUAUCGCACCUCUGAGUCUAGGCUUAAUUUUCUUUUAUGAUUUUAAUUUUGAGUGACAGGGUCUCAUGUCUCUUGGGCUGGCCUCAAGCUCAUCAUGUCAAGGGUAGCCUUGAACUUCUAAUCCUCCUGCCUCUACCUCCCAGGUGUUAAGAUUAUAGGCAUGGGCCACCAUGCUCCAUGUAUUUCUUCUCCUCCUUUUCUUCCUCAUCCUCUUCUUCCUUGUCCCCCACCCCCUUUCUCUCUCCUAAGGUUUCACUAUAUAGCAGACUGGCCUUUCAGUUCACUGUGUAGCCCAAGCUGGCCUCCAGCUUACCCCUAUACUUCUGUCUAGGCCUCCCCAGUGCUGGCAUUAUGGUUCUAAGGGAAUGAACCAAGGGCCUUAAGCAUACUAGGUAAGCACUCUGCCACUGAGCCACACCUCCAGCCUCCUGUGUACUUUUUGAGAUGCGUCUUAGUUCAGGAUGACCUUGAACCUUCUCUGCAGCCCAGGUAGGCCUUGAACAUUUAUGUCUUCUUCUACCUUAGCCUUCCCACAAGCUGGAAUGCCAGGGCUGCACCUCUAGGCUCAGCCAAAAUUGAGAGAUUUUUAGUUUUUAAUUUGUCUGGAGGUGGCAUGAGAGGGGUGUGCAGAGAUCACGUGGAGGUCAGAGGACAACUUAUGGAGUUGGCUCUCUCCUCGGGUCAUCAGGCUUGGCACCAAGCACCUUCACCCACUGAGCCACCAUAGUGGCCCAACAACUGAGGUUUUAAUCAUACCAGCUGGGGGUGUUGGGAGUAGAAUGGGAAUCCUGAAAGUUAUGGGAGUUGGGGGGGGGGCAUAAAAGGACUGAAUGGGGCAGUGACACCAGUUCAGUGGCCUGCCGCAGAGCUCCUCUCCUGGGUAGUGAUGCCAUUCCCUGGAACAGGUUGUGUGAGCAGGGCAAGUUCGAGGCAGGUGACAUGAUCUGGAACAUAUGGGAUCCUCAAGGCUGCAUCGUGUAAGUCUGGGACAGAGAUGUAAGGUUUCUGGAGCCUGCACGGCUGGGAUGGUGAGCCCUUGUGUUCACUGCUCGGAGCCCCAGAUUCUGGCAAUAAGAUGCAACAGGCAUGUGUGCGCACGCGCGUGUGCAAACACACACACAGAUAUACAUACACAGACACACGCACACAGAUACACGGCCAGAGAGAGACACACACACGCACACACACAGAGAUAAACACACAGAGAUAAACUAAACACACACACACACACACACACACACACGCAGAUUUACCCACACACACAGCCAGAGAGAGAGAGACACACACACACACACACAAAUAAACACACACAGAUAAACACACACACAUGCAGAUAUACAUACACAGAUACACACACACACAGCCAGAGAGAGAGAAUACACACACACAAAUAAACACACACAGAUAAACACACACACACACAGCCAGAGAGAGAGAGAGACAGAUAAACACACACAGAUAAACACACACACAUGCAGAUAUACAUACACAGAUACACAGCCAGAGAGAGACACACACACACACACAAAUAAACACACAUAGAUAAACACACACAGACACACACACACACACACUUUUUCAUUUCUCUUUAGGUCUUUCUCUCUCCUGAGUGUGCAUGCACACGUGUGUGCCACAGUAUGGGAGUCAGAGGACAAUGUCUGGACUUGGAUGCAUGUGCCUUCCCCUCAGGAGCCAGCCAUCUUGCUGGCUGUUUUAAGAUUUUUAAAUUAAAUCUAUUUUAUAUUGCUGGCAUUCAAACCCUCCACCCUGUGGAUGCUAGGUAAGCGCUCUCCCACCAUGCUAAACUUCCAGCCCCUGUUAUUGUUUUGAGAAAGUGUCUCCUGUAGCUUAGGCUGGUCUUGAACUCGGAAUCCUCUUGCCUCUACCCUUCAAUUGCUGGUUAUAUCCAUGGACCACAAAGCCCAUUUUGACUUUUAUUUUAAUUUAUAUCAUUAUUUUUUAUAGGGGCAGGGUCUCUCUGUAGCUCAGGCUAGCCUCAAACUUAUGGCAUCCUCCUGCCUCAGCCUCCUGUAGGCUUGGAUUAUAAAGCCCAGACUACAAAUUCCAGCUCUUCAUUUGACUUUUCCCAGGAAUAGCAUGAAUGGGCUUUCAUUUUGUAUCUUGGAUUUUAAAAGAAUUAGUUAUAUGUGCAUGUGUACAUCCAUGGUGGAUUUAUCCACAUGAGUUUGGUGUCUUUGGAGGUCAGAAGAGAGAAUCAAAUGCCCGGUAACAGGGGUGAUGGGUGGGUGUAAGCUAAGUGCUCCUAACCACUGAGCCAUCUCUCUGUACCCUCAGAUUUUUUUCUCCCAUGAAAAUCAAAUAGCCAUAGUCGUUGAUGGACAGGCCUUUGGAGCCCUUGUUUCUUCUCUUUUCAUUUCUUUUCCUCUCUUUUAGAUAGAGUCUUAUGUAGACCAGGACACUCUCAGACUCUGUGUAGAUGACCUUGACAUGAUCCUCCUGCCUCCACCUCCUCUGUGCUGGGAUUACAGGCAUGCACCACCACACCUGACUUACACAGUGCUGGGGUGGGACCCAGGGCUUCAUACAUGCUAGGCAAGCACUUGACCCACUGGGCACAUCGCCAACCCACAUGUGCUAUUUCAGAGUCUUCCACAGUCCUGGUCUUCCCUUGUACCUUCCUUAUGCCUACCCAUCCCAUAAAAACAUGCAAACCAAGAUGUACAUGUCAAGGAGGAACUGCUACUCCCAGGAGCCCUGGUACACAGUACCUGGUAAGUGUGUCUCAGGAAAGAGUGUCGCACAACUCUUGUUAGGGGGCGCUAGAGAGGUGCUCAGUGAUUCAGAGCACUGGCUACUCUUCCAGGGGAGCACAAUUCAAUUCCCAGCACUCGUGUGGAGACUGUGUGUUAUCUCCAGUUUCAGGCAAUGUGACGCCCUCUUCUGGCCUCCACAGGCACUGCACACAUGUGGUGCAUAGACACAUAUAGGUAAAAAACAUCCAUUCACAUGUUAAAAAAAUUUUUUUUAAAAAACAAUCCUUGUUGGGGGCUGGGGAAACGGUUGGCUUAGAGCACUUGUUUUUGUGGAGAACUGGAUUUUGAAUCUCACUACCACAUGGUGGCUUGCUAACUGCAGGUUGGUUUUUUUGUUUUGAUUGUUUGGGGGGAAUGGGGGAGUCUUCUAAUGCCAUUUUCUGACCCCCACCCGCACCAAGCAGGCACACACAUUCAUGCAGAUAAAACACUCAUACACAUAAAAUUAAAUAAAUAAACCUGAAUUUAAAAAGGCUUGAUCUAUAUUGUAGGCCAGGAGAGAUGGCUUAGUGGGUAAAGGUAUCUGCUACUAAACUUGUCCAUUUCAAUCUCCAGUAUGUAAUGGGGCGGAAAGGAAGAACAAUUUGUCCUCUGACCUCUUCACAGGUAUGCACAGGCAUAUAUAAACAAAUAUAAUGCAUUUUUUAAAAAAAAAUCUCUGGAGCUGGGAUUAGAAAUUACAGUUUAUGCCAGAAAUGGUGGUGCUUUUAAUCCCAGCACUCAGGAGGCAGAGGCAGGCAGAUCUCUGAGUGUGAGGCCAGCCUGGUCUACAGAGUGAGUUCCAGGACAGCCAGGGCUACACACCUGUCUCAAAAGGAGGAGGAAGAGGAGGAGGAGGAGAAGUCACAGUUUAUUCCGAAAGUGGAAGCAUGGGGAGAGAAACUUCAAAGCCCACCUGAGUAACUUAUGGAGACUCUAUCCUCGAAAUAAAAACCAACCAGGAGGAGAAAGGACCUAGAGAUGUAAUUCGUAGCAGAGUGCAUAACUGGAAUGCACGGGGCCCUAAUGGUCACUUGCCAGAACUGAAAAAAAAAUUUUUUUAAAAUAAAAUAGAAUCUCUGAGAUCCACAGGUUACGGUUUCCAUCAGGCAAGAUCCCCUGGCCCAGGCAGAACUCCACGGCAUUUAUCUGACGUUAGAAGCGCGUGCCCCUUGCCUGAAGAUCCAGACACUAGAUGGCAGUUUGACAAGCCAAGCACUAGCUGGGAUUCCUUAACAUGUCCCCAAUCUGUUAUCAAUCUGCGGUGCUGUGUAACAAGCUGAACUUUAACCUUGUUUUCCCCUACAUUACUGAGUACUGAGCCCAAGGAGUCGGACAUGACAGGCAGGGGCUCUGCUGCUGAGUUCUCUGUCCCCAGCCCCUUGCUAAGGGAUUCUAUUUGGGGAAAAAAAAAAUGCUUGCAUUUGUUUGUUUAUUCGUCUGUCUGUCUGUCUGGUAGCAUCUGCUACGGAGGCAUGUGGAUGUCCGAGAGAAACUUGAGGAAAUCCGUUUUCUUGGAUCUCCUAUUUCACCAUGUGUAUUCUGGGGGCAGAACUGUCACUGUGGAUUCUUGGCAAGCACUCUACCGCUGGGCCACGCCCCCGGUCCCUUAUUGGUGGAUUCUUGGCAAGCACUCUACCGCUGGGCCACGCCCCCGGCCCAUUAUUGGUGGAUUCUAGGCAAGUGCUCUACACUAACCUGUAUCCCCAGUUAUCCUCUUUCGAAUUUUAAAUUUGGAGAUAGAGUCUUGCUAAGUCACCCAGGCUGGCUUUGAAUUCAUUCAUUUACAGCCCGUGCAAGCCUAGAGCCUUGGAUCCUCCUGCCCCAGCCCCCAGGUAAUUGGGAUGAAAGACCUUAAAACUCAAAAUGGCUUAAAAUGACAGCCACUUAGUGCUCAAGGUUUGGGUGACCUGGGCCUGGCUGAUCUGAGCCAGGCUCAGUGGUCGCCCUCACACCUCUGCGGUCGAUGUGAGCCAGGUAAGUGGCUUGGCCAAUUUUACAAGGUUCUUCCCCACACCUGGAGCUUUUGAUAGAGAAAGCAGUGACAGCCUCAGGUGCUGACUCAUCCUGUGGCCUAGAGCUGGGAUCGUUUUCACAAGUGAGGUAAGAGUCCAAGGGAACAAGAAAGCAAGAGCAUGGCAAGUCGGGGCUGGGGAUAUAGCUCAGUGGGUAGAGUGCUUGCCUAGCAGGCUUGAAGCCCUGGGUUCCAUUCCUUGCAUUGCAUAGAUGAGGUGUGGUGGUGCAUGCCUGUAAUCCCAGCACAGAGGAGGUGGAGGCAGGAGGAUCAGGUCAAGGUCACUGGGGUCAGACUGAGCUACAUGACACCUUGUCUCAAUCAAUAGAUCAAUACAUAGAGUUUCUGGAGGCUGGCGCAGAACCGAUGCUCCAGUGCUUUGAUCGGAGUCAUUGCCGAUGCCGGUGACAAGAGCAGUCAGAUUGGAGAGGAAGAGAAACAAAGUGCUUAUUUAAUUUAUAUUGUGAGACAGGGUAGCCCAGCCAGGCGGGCAGAUACUGGGACAGCCAAACAUGGGGUGUGAACUUAGGGAUGUGGCGGAGGCAGGAGUGUUAAAGCCAUUCUUGGCUACAUAAUGAGUUUGAGGCUAGCCUAGGCUACAUAUGAGACCACCAUCUUAACACAACAGGGCCAGUGAUGUGACUCAGCGGGUAAAGGCACUUGUUGCUAAGUCUGAGGAUCUGAGUUUGAUCCCUGGGACCCGUGUGGUAGAAGAAAGAGAACUGAUGCCUAAAGUUUGCCCUCUGACCUUUACGUGCAUGCCCCAGCGCACCAGUGCACAAACGCACACAUACACACUCAUGUGUGUACACACACAAAUAAAUAAACUAAUUAUUGAAAGAUGUUUACAGCAACAAUAAAAAUCCUAUAUGAUCCCAAUUCUGCCUGUACCUACCCAGCAGGUGACUUCCGGAAUGCAGGGCUCCUUAUCUGGCCACCUGUGAGUUGUCUCUCCUGCAGAGACUACAGUGGGCAGGAGUGAGCUGUGCCUGCCUUAGUAAUCACUCACCCUUCUGUCUGAAAAAGCCUCCUGUGUUCUUCAGAAUACGAUCCCUCCCCUACUCCCAGGCCAUAGGGCUGAGCGAGUACAGAAGUCACAUCUGGCUGCGCGGCUCAGAGACAGCUCACGACUCAAGUCCAGACAGUUUGAAAGGGGAAGUUUCCUUUUCUCUGGAAGUGGUGUAUGUACGAAGGGUGGGAACCAGCUGGGAGUGCCUCAGUAGCCAGCCAAAAGAUAAAGAGAAGCUUGCUGUGCAUAUCUCUAUGUCCCCGGAAUCCAACCAGGCCUGAAGAACACAUCUGGAUUUAACAGUUUCACAGCCAUGUUUCCCUUCUACUAUAAAACGUCAACUCCUUGACCUAGGCUGGCUCUGGAUAGACCCUCAGUGUUUCUAACGUGCUGUCUUCGUCAAUGUAUCCACCAAUGCUUUUGACAGGUGCCACAUACAACGCUGGGUAGAGACACCUUGUGGGCCAGUAUCUCUGAGUUUUAAUUUCCUAUAUCUUAUGAAGGUUCUGCCCCAGAACCAGUGUGCAAUGCUGUGUGUGAACCAGUAUGUGUCCCCUCCCCCAAAUGAUGAAGUGUGGCUGCAGUCACAUAAGCUCCAGGGAUUAAUUUACUCCCCAACACAACAAUGACAUCGCUCAACCCUGGGCCGCUUCUCCCCAUAGUGGCACUGGGUGACAUUUACUAAGUAGCACGCUUCACCUGUUUACAGAUUUCAUUUUGGUUUCUUUUCACAGCCCUCUGAGGUGGAUUUUGUGAUCUCCUUUUUACAAAUAAAAGUUUGAAACUUGCGGAAA